AUGGAGCAAAUUUCAUCUUUUCUGCAGCCUACCGUUCGCAAAGGGCCUCGGUAUUCGGUCCGGCCGUUUUACACUACGCUUGUAGUGUUCACGGCCCUCGUGGUACUGAGCUGGACUGUACGCAGUGUAAUCAUUGGAGAAUCGCCCCGCUCUACACCAAAGAAUGUGUUUCUAUUCAGACGAGAAGAUGAACCCGAGUGCCGCCUAGUUCGCGAGGUCGAAGAUCAGUGUGCCUACGUUCGCACUCACUGCCCAGACCACCAAGAUGGCCUAUUCUCAUAUCUACAGCUUUAUUACUGUGCUCUGCCCGAAGCGAAACCGCUAGCAUUCCUCAUCCUAAUCCUUUGGCUAUCGCUUCUUUUUAGCACCAUUGGCAUAGCAGCCAGCGAUUUCCUGUGUAUCGAUCUGAGCACUCUGGCGAUUAUCUUGGGGUUGAGCGAAAGCCUGACUGGCGUGACCUUUCUCGCGUUUGGUAACGGAAGUCCUGAUGUCUUUUCCACGUUUGCCGCAAUGCGGUCGAAUAGUGGAAGCCUAGCGAUCGGUGAACUUAUCGGAGCGGCCAGUUUCAUCACAUCCGUCGUUGCCGGUUCUAUGGCAUUGGUUCGACCUUUCAAGGUGGCACGGCGUAGUUUUGUCCGAGAUGUGGGUUACUUUAUUGUUGCUGUCAGUUUUAGCAUGUUCUUGUUGGCGGAUGGCAGGCUUCAUGUCUGGGAGUCGGCCGCUAUGGUGGCACUCUACGUUUUCUACGUUGUGAUGGUAGUGACUUGGCAUUGGUAUCUCGUCCGGCGUCGUCAGAGAUACGAAAGAGACCUUGCCGCACGAACCCAUUUUCACAUCCCGGACAAUCAAGAACUGGAGGUUGAGGCACCUGUGGAGGAUGAUGAUCCAGGAGUCGCUGCAGAAUCACGAAGCCUCCUCCGUGGCGCGUCGACUGAUGACUUUGAUCUUUUAGAAAGAGCGGAAGGAGUCCCUGCUUGGAAAGAAGAAGACGACGAAGACGACGAGACUCGCAACCGCUACCUUGCCGAAAUCAGUAACAAUAUGCAUGUUCAUCGACCGCAAAACAGAUCUCGGAGAAAUACCAUGAAUCCCAUUCGUCCGAGUCUCGUCGGAGCGCUUGAAUUCCAAUCUGUACUACAUUCUCUCCAAAGAGCACGGAACACAAACCGCGACCGUACGAUUAGCUUCGUCGGAUACUCAGAAGAUGAGGACAGCUCCCAGCCUUUUGACACACGGUCUAUUGCGUCACACCCUCGAGCUACCAGACCCUCUACGACUGAUGACCGCCUGUCGCCGCUUAGUGCCAAUGGAUCUUCGAGAGUUCGAGCUGUCUCCGCCAAUGAUGCGGAGGGGUUACAACUCGACACCAGUGUGCUAGGGCAGCGUCAAGAUCAGGGACCACGCUUAACAGUGAGGCGGCCUUCCAAUGAGACUAAUGAUCGACCUCAUUUGGAGGCACCUGAGCUGCCCCGCAUAGAUAUCAAUGCCGCAUUGACUGCAUCGCCAUCUUCCUCUGUCCUAUCGUCCUCAAACGCAAGUCCGGUGUUGCCGGAAGGCCCACGAACACCCGAUCUACUUGCUCCUCCGGGCAAUUUUCAAUUCCCCAAUUACCAAGCGAACACUCCACAUGAGAGAUCUCCCGUGUCGGUAUCUCCACGAGGCAGGGGUUCUAGUCCUCAGCCUGGCAUCACACCCGAGAGCCCAUGCGCGCCAUUUCCUGCGUUUAUCGAUGUGACAUCUGCACAGUCAUCUCGACCACCAAGCAUCCGACUUCCCAAUCCUGUGACUAGUCCAUCGGAGCAACUCAUGGUUCAUGACAGUAUUGAUGAUAUACGCAACGAUGACCUUUCAUUCCGGAACCCCUUCAAAAGAUGGUGGCCGUACUCUAUUCUUCCUGCUCCUCAGCAGAUUGCCUGCACGCUGUUCCCAACCCUAGCUGGAUGGAAGUCGAAGGGUAUUGCUGGGCGGCUGUUAGGAAUUGUGGCUGCGCCCAGUGUUUUCCUUCUCACCAUAACUAUCCCAGUUAUCGAGCCUGGGCCUCCGGAAUCCGCUGAGCUAGAUCCAAUACCUGCCGUGGUUAUUGAUGUAGUCGGCGACGGUGACGACAGCCAUGCUCCAAGAGUGCGCCUACCAGCCGAUAGUCCCAUACUGGGACCUAUGUUACAUGACCACCAUGACCAUCAUGCCUCUAUUCCUCAUCUAUCAGUAUCCCAUUCCCAUCGCAAAUCAACUAUCCAAGAUCAGUCCAGUCGACCACGCUGGGACUCUGAGCUUCCUCCACCACCGGUGCCCGCAUCUUCCGGGCCGGCUAGAGAUUGGAAUCGUUGGUUGAUUAUCACCCAGCUUUUCACCGGGCCUUUCUUCUUUGUCCUGAUUGCGUGGACCACUUUAGAUGAAGACCUAGAUCCGAAGAACCUCAUUUUUCCUUCUUUGAUCUCCCUUCUUUUCUCCUUCGUGUUCCUAUCACUUCUUCUUAUCACCACUCGGCGACGACCUUGGCAUCGACGGGUAGCUCGAGGCCAAGACUAUUAUCAGCCUGGUCAGUCGCCUGAUGAUGACCCACCUCUCUCGCUUCCAUCCUCGUGGAGACCGUUCCUCUCCCUCCUCGGAUUCUUUGUUGCGAUAUCCUGGAUUGCUACUAUCGCGACAGAAGUAGUCUCUCUACUGAAAACGCUUGGUGUUAUUCUCGAUAUUUCAGACUCACUUUUAGGGCUGACCGUCUUCGCUGUCGGUAAUUCUCUGGGUGAUCUUGUCGCUGAUAUCACUGUUGCGCGACUGGGGUACCCUGUCAUGGCUCUUAGUGCAUGUUUCGGAGGUCCAAUGCUCAAUAUUCUUCUCGGUAUUGGCCUGGGUGGCAUGUAUAUGACUCUUAAUGGCGGGAGAUCCCGGCAGCGGCAGCGUGAUGAGAUUUUCAGUUCAAGUGCUGCUUCUUCUGAGCAGCAACCUUAUGAGAUUGCUAUCUCCAAGGUACUGGUCAUUAGCGGUGCUACUCUUCUGGUCGUUCUUGUUGGACUUCUGAUUGUGGUCCCGAUGAACAACUGGCGCAUGGAUCGUAAAAUUGGUUGGGGUCUUGUGGCAGUCUGGUGUGUGAGUACUGUGGGGAAUGUUAUUGCGGAGGUUGCAUCGUGA